AUGGCUCCGAGGGCAGCGAAGGGCGGCGAGGCAGAGAGGGAGCUUAAGGAGGCGCGGUUCCGGGGCGUGAGGAAGCGGCCGUGGGGGCGGUACGCGGCGGAGAUCCGCGACCCAGUAAAGAAGACCCGCGUUUGGCUCGGCACCUUCGCCAGCGCUGAGGAGGCGGCACGCGCCUACGACGCCGCUGCCCUCCGGUUCCGCGGCCUCAGUGCCAAGACCAACUUCCCCUGCCCCGGUCCUCCCCACGCCCUCGCCAACCCCUUCAGCCCCACCAGCAGCAGCGGCACCGUCGAGUCGUCCACCCCUUCCUCGAAGGCCACCGCAGCCGCAGCAGUCCUCACACCGCUCGAUCUCGAGCUGGGCCACGCGUCCGCCCGCUCCUCCCUGCCGCGCAGCCCGGUGGCCAUGGAUCGGGCAGUGGCCUCCACCGGGUUCAUGGGCGUCGGGAUGGGGGGUUGUUCCUUCGCCAUGGAUUACUCUCUCUCGCCGGCGGCGCCGCCGACGAGGCUUCCCUUCGACGUCGACCUCAACCUUCCGCCUCCGCCCGAGGUCGCCUGA